UCCCAAAAAUUUUAAUAAUAAGGUCAUGCGUGUAUGUCUGCUAUCUAUUUAAUCACACUUAUGUGUUAUGUGUUAGUUUCCUCUUUGUCUAUUUUGUAUUCUACUUACAUGUACCCCUUUAACUAUCCCUAUACAAUUUAGUAAUUAUCGACUGGAAAAUUGAAUAAAUGAAAUGAAAUGCUCAAUAGCUCGGUUGUAUUACAUGUUCCAUUUAUCUUAGUCUGAUGUGAGUUGUCUUAAAAACUUAUUGAGACUAUUUCUUUCCCCUCACCCCAACUGAACUUGCUAUUCAUCUGGUGUUGUAGAGUGAGAAAAAGGUGAGACUGAAUUAAUUCUAGUAAUUCUGUGGUUCUGUGAUGAAAAUUGAGAGGUUAUAUUUUGACAUGCUUUCAGCUUCGAAGUUUCAGUCCACAGGUUAAAUAUUUUGGAUACUCACUACAAUAAUAUUUCAAUGCUCCUCAUCAAUUCAUCUAUUUAUCGAUGCCAUAAUGAUCAUUCCAUAUACACGACCAGACUCUGGGCGAUACACGAGAGCAAAACAAUCGCUAACAGUUGGAAUGUCAAAGCAUUCUUUGCUGUUACCCAUGGGGAUAUCGUCAACUGUUUGAAUCAGCUGGACAACCUGAAACUGGCAGAUCAUACAGCCGAAAUCGAAAAGGGCAAUUUGGGUGUGCACGUACAAGUAUGUUCAUUGAUGAGAGCUAAACUUGUAUCUGAAAUAAGAGCCAAUUUACAAAAACUGAAGGAUACACCGAAGGAAUGCGUCCAUGGUUUGGCGAGUGUGUGUAAGACGAUAGCUCUUGCAAAUCUUCAAAUGAUUUUUCCUCCGAAUCGAUAUUGGAAACAAAUUAUGACCGAUGUGCUUCCAGAAAAACCAAGUUUGUUUGUUGAUAAGUAUUUAGAUCAGAUUUUGGUGCCUGUAUUAGAAGCUACAGAGGACCCGUUGAUAACGAACAUGACGUUAACUCUGAUAUGCGAAGCUUGGCUGGACCACAUUUACACGAACAAAAUAAAAUUCAGCCAUUUCGGUGCUCGACAGUUGCUCACAGAUUUCGGAUAUAUCACGAAAUGGCUGGCAGAUUAUCCGACCGUUAGCGAAUCGAUGAGGAAAAAGUUGUUGAAAAAUGAGAUUCUGAAGAGGUGCGAGGGCGUAGGGAGGCUCUUGUUGAGAAAACCUGGCGAGAGGAUAAAGAUGACGGAAAAAAAUAAAAGGAGGAGUUCAGAUUCAUCUGAUAGAGAAAAAUCUGAGUUGAUGCCAGCAGAGAUGUAUGUUCCAAAUCAAGAACAAUGGCUGGAACUUAGGGUGAUGAAACAAAAAAAUAUAUUCACAACUCUGAUGUGUUGUGAAGAACCCUGAAUGAAGGAAUCUUUCAAUUUAUAUAGAUCCUUAUGCUGUUAAUUUUUUAUACACAGGGUGGUCCUUGAUUGAAUGCACAUAAAAGUGUGGCAGGUUUUUGGCUUCAAAAUAUUACGAUAUUGCUAAUAAGAAAUAUACAGGGUGUCAAAGUUGAAAUUUCGAAACUAGGGGUUUUUGGAUAUUAGCAAUCAUAAUUUGGUACCUAUUUCAAUGUAUUUUCUUGAGGGCGCCAGAUAAGACACUUUUCUGGUAAAAAUGCGCGAUCAAAACUUGUUUGUUGUUCUCAGGAUAGCGACAUUUUCAUUGAAACAUAUUAAAGACAGAUCCUCUGAGCAGAAAUAAGUGAUACUCAACUCGACAGUAUUCGAGAUAAUCCGUUACCACCGAUAAAACAAGGCCUGCAUGCUCCGUGGGUGACGUCACUUAGUCAGGCCUAACCAGCGGCUCGAAACGACAAGCGCUUAUAGCGCUAUAAGGCGACCGC